ACUAACGAUAACGAUACAAGUCAGCAAGUGAUCUGAAGCGAACUGCAUCCGUGGACAGUUAAAGGGGUGUGCGCCCCGGUUACUUAGAUACAAUUGUGAUUCUUAUAUUUGACAAUAAACUUUAAUUUAUACUAUAUGAAUUGGAAAUAAUACGUGAUCGAUAUGGGAGGAUUACUCAGUUAUUUUCGUAAUUUACUCGGUAGCCGGGAAAUGCGAAUUUUAAUUUUAGGCUUGGAUGGAGCCGGAAAAACUACAAUCUUGUACAGAUUGCAGGUUGGUGAAGUGGUUACAACAAUACCUACUAUAGGAUUUAAUGUAGAACAGGUCACAUAUAAAAAUUUAAAAUUUCAAGUAUGGGAUCUGGGAGGUCAAACUAGUAUAAGACCAUAUUGGAGGUGUUAUUAUUCAAAUACAGAUGCAAUAAUUUAUGUUGUGGAUUCGGCAGAUAAAGAUAGGAUAGGCAUAUCAAAAGAUGAAUUAAUUUAUAUGUUGAGAGAAGAAGAACUGCAAGGUGCCAUUUUAGUGGUUUUGGCAAAUAAGCAAGAUAUGGCAGGAUGUUUAAGUGUAGCAGAAGUUCAUCAGGCUCUUGGAUUAGAUGCUCUUAAAAAUAGAACGUUCCAAAUCUUCAAAACAUCUGCAACAAAAGGUGAAGGUCUUGAUCAAGCAAUGGACUGGUUAUCAAAUGCACUGCAAAGUAGAAAAUGAUUAAUAUUAUUAAGAAAUUUUUUUACCUAAGCCUUAUUAAGAAGACUAGUCAUAUGACUGUCAAAUUGAACAAGCCACGCAAAGCUGGACACUUUAUUCCGUUUAUUUAUUAUAAUUAUAUUUUAAAUAGUCUUAUUUAAUCGAAUUUCAUCGAAAAACGAUAUUUAUAAUUUUCAUAAUGUGAAGCAGGGAAUAAAAAUAAAAACAAAAAUUUUAUCUUUCUAUAGAAAUUUAAAUGAAAUAAACAUAAAGAUUUAUUCAAUUUAAAUAUUUUUUUUCAUAUGAUUUAAUCAUUGCUGUAUUCUUUCUGUGUAAUUUUUAU